UUUGCCGUUUGCGUUGCGCCUCUCAAAUUCUUUUCCCUCCAUUCUCCGUUUGCUUCCCGACCACGUCUUCCGCUUCCUCUCCUCAACCAAAAGCAGAGGAUUCCAAGUUAAUUUCUAAACUCGCGCAGUCCAUAGCUUAGCUAGGUAGAGACAAACAAUCUACGCGAAAACCUUCGCUUCUGCAAUGGCGGACUCGGCUCCGGCGCCGGAGGCCAGAGUAAGCGGUGGCGACGUUCCGGCGAGGCUGCAGCAGGCUCUCGCGCUGCUGUUCCCUACCAACCUCGCCGCGAAGGCCGUGCUGUUCGCCGUCGUCGUGGCGCUGCUGCCGCUCCUGCCGACGAGCCAGGCGCCCAGGAUCUGGGAGCUGCCUCACAUCCUCCUCCUCGGCCUCAUCAUCUCCUACGGCGUGUUCGGCCAGAGGAACGCCGACUCCGAGGUGGCCGCCGUGGCCGCCACCAAGACCGUCGACGACGAGUCGGUGGAGUCCUACGUCACCCAGAUGAUGCACGGCCCGCUGGUCUUUGAGGAGAACGAUGGCGGCGGUGAAGCUGACGCCGCCGGCAAGGAGGGCGUCCAGGCGUGGAGCUCUCAGUACUUCCCAGACGAUCCCCUCGUCGUCGUUGCCGAUGCCGGUGCAGGGAGCAACACCGGCAAGGGCGAUGAAAGAGAGAAGCCGCUCCUCCUGCCGGUGAGGAAGCUCAAGCCGGCGACCGAAGAAUCCGCGACACUAACGGAGAGCUUCAGUGACGGCGCCAUUGAAGAAGAAGAAGAAGAAGAAGAAGAAGAAACGGAGUUCCUCCUCCGCAAGGCGAGAUACGGCGGCGUACGAGAGCAUGCCAUCCCUUCGCCGUCCUCAGUCCUCGAUGCCGACCUGACCCUCUCCCCGUGCUCUCCGCCUCUGCUCCCGCCGCCCCCGCCGCCGCCGCCUCCGCCUCCGUUUCUUGAUCACGACCGGCCCGCCCUCCGGAAGGCCAAAGCAAGAAGCUUCAACGAUUACGGAAGGGUGGGCUUGCAGACCGCAGCCGGCUGCGGCGGCGGCGGCCACAAUUUCCGGUCCAAAUCAGCGAUCCAAGCGUCGAGGAGUACUUUCCCGACAUCGCCAUUCGACGAUCACGAUUUGGAAGAGAAGGUUGCAGCGUCAGACAUCAGUUCGUUCAGCAGCGAUGAUGUGGUCACCGACGACGGCGAAGAUGGUGACAACCACAAGGAGAUAUACAACUACGAGGAGGAGGAAGGUGACGUGGAUAGAUUGGACGACGACGAUGGCUCAUGCGACGAAGAGCUCUUCGAGUUGGCCACGAGGCUGGCGCCGGAGGAGGAGGAGGUGGUGGAGGACGAGGUGGACAGGAAAGCCGACGAGUUCAUAGCCAAAUUUAGGGAGCAGAUUAGGAUGCAGAGGGUGGUCGAGCCGGGCAGGAGAUGAGCAAACACGGAGGGAGCGAGCGAGGCAUGCAUGCGGUGCGCCACGAUACGUACCUAGCACGAGUACGGGGGUUCCUCAUGUGUACAUUUUUUUUCUUUUUUCUUCUUCUUUUUGGGUGUUCUUGUGUACGUAAGUGGAACAUGAACAGAUGGUGUAAAUGUGGAGAGGAAUGGGAGUGUGAGUAUCA